GUGUUGAUACCGAGUAUAAAACAAGGGGGUGGGGGGGUUAAACUGCUGCUUUUAGGGGAAUUCAUAUCAGAUAUAAGGUCCAGAGCACUGGUCCAAAGGUGGAUGUUGUCGCUGACCCUGUCAUCUCUCAUUAAAGAGCUCAAACUCGUGGGAGGACCAGCGACCACCGGCCAGAGUGAAUGGCUGAAGGUUCAUCGGACCCACCGGACCUCAAUCCAGAUGGGACUUCGCAUCAAAAGACAACACAGCAGAAAUCUAGGAGAGGUCGACCCAGACACAACAAUGACAGAAACCUGAGUAGCAAUAGCUAUGAUGCAUCACAACAAUAUGGGCACUUUCACCACCCAUUUGGCCAAAAUAAUUUAAAUUAUCCAGAGUACUACCAUGUUCCCUACCAAGGAGAUGAUAUAACUAGGAGGAGAGGCAGAGGUAGAGGAAGGAGAGAAGGGAAUAGAGGUGUAAGUGGAAAUCUUCAUGGUUCAGGUCCUGGGUGGCAAAGAGCAGGUGGUGACUUUGCCCAGUAUGGUGCGGGCAGUAGAUGUGCUGGUGGCUCCUGGUCAGGUGCCCCACCCAUGGAUGGACCUGGUGGAUCCAACUGGCGGAGAGAAAGCAACGAAGAGCCAAAUGGUCAGGAUAAAAGGCACUGGAACGUUGGCCAGGAGCAGAGGAGGGAAGAACAAAAUGAGAAAAGUGAUCAUUUAAAGGAGAACAAAUCAGCGAGUCACAGGCCACGAGGCAAUAAAAGCGAAAGGUCUUUUUCAGAUACCACAGAAAGAACUCAACAAAAUAAGUCGGGCACCAGAGCUCAAUAUUAUGAUCAUCAGAAGAAACACUCGGACUUGAAGCGUCGGACAGGACCAAUCAAACCACUUAAACCACUAUCUCGAGAGGACGCCGUCUCUGAAAGAGGCGCCAGCGGCCAAGACGACUCUGAUCAGGGCAGAUCAUCUCAGGGAGCUGCCAGUAAAGCCGGAAAAGGUUCAGGAUCACACGCAUCUCUUCAGGCUAAAGGGGGGAGAAGAACAAUUCAUCAAAACCACAGAACAAGCCAGCGGAGCUGGGACAAGAUGCCCAAAAGCAAAGAAACACAAACUGGUUGUCUGAUUGAACAGCUGUCUGAGGAGAAGUAUGAGUGCAUGGUGUGCUGUGAUGUUAUCAGGCUCAUGGCUCCGGUGUGGAGCUGUCAGAGCUGCUUCCACGUGUUCCACCUUAACUGCAUCAAGAAAUGGGCUCAGUCCCCGGCCUCGCAGGCAGACGAUUCAGGUGACGGUUGGCGAUGUCCAGCCUGCCAGAAUGUUGCAAUGAAAAACCCAACCACUUACACCUGCUUCUGUGGUAAAGUGACAAACCCUGAGUGGCAGCGCAAUGAGAUUCCACACAGCUGUGGUGACAUGUGUGGGAAGAAGAGGAGUGGAGUGGACUGCAACCACCCCUGCAACAUCUUAUGUCAUCCUGGACCUUGUCCUCAGUGUCCUGCCUUUGUAACCAAAUCGUGCAUCUGUGGAAGGACAAGUCAGCCGGUGCGUUGCGGCCAGGCAACGGUUCUCCGGUGUGAUAAAGUCUGCUCGGCUUUACUCAACUGUGGUGAACACACUUGUGCAGACGUGUGCCACGGCGGGGCGUGUCAGCCCUGCCAGCUGCAGGUUGAGCAGGUUUGUUACUGUGGUGUUACCGCACGUGAAGUCCUAUGUGGCACGGAUAAGGAAGGAUUUGAUGGCUCAGGACAUUUCUCCUGUCAAAAAAUAUGCGGCAAGAUGUUGAACUGUGAAGCUCAUCGGUGCCAGCAGAUGUGCCACCGCGGGCCAUGCCAGCCGUGUCCACGCUCACCAAGCCUGGUGAAGACGUGUCCCUGCAGUCAGACUGCACUGACCAAACUCCUGGAGCUUGGCUACUCGGAGCGAAAAAGUUGCUCCGAUCCCAUCCCGUCCUGUGGAAAGACUUGCAACAGACCUCUGGCCUGCGGCUCCAGCGACACAAUCCAUUUGUGUGAAAAAAUGUGUCAUGAGGGCAGCUGUGGGCCAUGCUCUCUGACCUCAACCAUUAGAUGCCGGUGUGGCUCCAAGACUAAGGAGGUUCCAUGUGCAACAAUUCAAAAAGAAGAUGAGCUCAUUUUCACAUGCGAGAGGCGCUGCAACAAGAAACGCUCCUGUGGUCGACACAAGUGUGGCGAGCUUUGUUGUAUCAAUGUGGAGCACAGAUGCCCCCUGAUCUGCGGCUACAAGCUCAACUGCGGUCUCCACCGCUGCCAGGAGCCUUGUCACCGUGGAAACUGUGAACCCUGUUGGCAGUCCAGUUUUGACGAGCUGACGUGUCACUGUGGGCUCACUGUGUUAUACCCACCAAUUCCCUGCGGCACGAAGCCACCAGAGUGCAAAAACCUGUGUACAAGAAGACACGAGUGUGACCACCCAGUGUUCCACAACUGCCACAGUGAAGACAAGUGUCCACCCUGCACAUACCUCACUCAGAAAUGGUGCAUGGGAAAGCAUGAGCAACGCAGCAACAUCCCAUGUCAUCUGCAAGACAUCUCCUGUGGCCUGACGUGUAAUAAGAUGCUGCCCUGUGAAAUGCACCGCUGCAGGCGGUUGUGCCACCGGGGAGAGUGCCUGCCAGACGGUAGCUGCCAGCAGCCCUGCACGCUGCCACGUCCAGACUGCGGCCACCCGUGCUCCGCUCCCUGUCAUAAAGGCAGCAGCUGUCCACGAACCACCUGCACUGCCAAGGUACCUCUACAAUGUGAUUGUGGUCGAAGAAAGGAAACUGUGGCCUGCACAGAAGCAACCAGUUCAUAUCAAAGGCAUGCAGCCAUCUCCAUGGCCAGUAAACUCUCCGACAUGCAGCUCGGUGACUCCAUGGACAUCGGCCCACUCCUCACCAAGAAGGAGCUAAAACAGGCAAGGCUUGAAUGUGAUCAAGAGUGUGCCACUUUGGAGAGAAACAGGCGUCUGGCAGAGGCGUUGCAGAUAGACUCGUCUUCUGACCCCUUCAACGUUCGCUCAACAUCUGUGUACAGCGACAGCCUCAAAGAGGAUGCCAGAAAAGACUUGAAGUUUGUCACAGAAGUAGAAGAAGAGAUCAAGAAUCUUAUUGAAAUUGCCAAUAAGGGAAAACAGCCUAAAAGGAGCCACUGCUUCCCACCCAUGAAUAGAGAACACCGGAAGAUCAUCCACGACCUAGCCGAGGUGUACGCCGUGGAAAGCGUGAGCUACGACAGUGACCCCAAACGCAACGUGGUCAUCACAGCCCACAAAGGGAAGUCGGUCUGUCCAAACUCAACACUGACAUCACUGAUAGAGCGGGAAACGGCUGCGAGGGCCCCCCCUCCUAUCGCUCAUAUCAAACAGCACAGUAGCAAGGCUGCAACCACCUGGUCGAAGAUGGUUAAAGAGGAGCCUGUGAUAGAUUAUUUUGAUGUCCAGGAUUGAAAUGAGGCUUAAGCAAAGGCAACAUCUCAGAAUUUCCGUUUCAAACUUCAGUUUGCAUCUGCUAAAUACUGAGACCUUUUUUUUCAGUUGUCUUCCUGAAUUAUCCUUCAUCUGGCUCUGUUAUCAAAUUAAAUUAUGUUUGGAAACA